UUAAAGAAGCUGCUCCGAGGCUCCGCCUCCUCCACAAAAUCUCAUCUGAUAAAACACGCUGAGAGCCAGAGGACUCAAAGACAUCGACUAAACGGUCUUCCGUUACCGCCGGAGCAACAACACCAAUCCCGCAGCUCGCCUCCAGCUCUCUCUUUAUCAAAGCACGCAAACAAUAGUGGCUGGAAAGGAUCGAGAGGAAUGUAUUACCCUGUAACAGAACAAUGAACGCGGGCUGAUUUCUCAGGGACAGACAAACUGGUUGAGGAUAAAUGAGUUCAAGGAAAUAGGAACUGCAGCGAGGUUAUGAGGUUAACCAGUCCUGUCCUGUUGUAGGUCUCCUGCUGACCCUUCCCCAGUUAGGUCUGGAGUGCAGUGGCGUGCGGCCGAGAGGACUUCUGAAAAAUGAAGUCCAGUCUGAAACAGUGGCGGCGCUUUGCCCUCGGCCUCAUGCUGGCCUGGGUGCUGCUGUUCCUGGCACUCCUCUCCUACUUCAUGGAGUCACGAGUGGACGACCCACACUCAGCGGCCGCUCUCUCCUACACAGACACGCGCCGCUUGACCUCGCUGCAGGGCAACCCCCGCACCAUAAUGGCCACCCAUUUGGGGCUUGCCACCUCCGCUACCCCCUCCGCCUCCAGCAACACCCAACAGGAGCAAAGCCAGGAGGAAAACCCCAGUGCCGACCCCCAGCCUAUUCCGCUCAGCCAGGAGGCCUACCCCUAUCCCGACCCUCAGAGCCUGGCGGCCUGGUCUGCAUUCGGCACUCAGGACGUGGGCUCCAGAUCGGCCGCCAUGAGUCGCAACCGUGAGAGACAAGAGUAUAACCAGGAUUCACCUCAACAGGAUGAAGAAGAGGAGGAGGAAGAGGUGGUGGGAGGGGAAGAGGAAGAUGAGGAGGAGGCAGACGACGGCAGGAGGAGGACAACUAAACGGGUGGCUAGGCAUGACGACUCUGACCCGGAUGAGUACUACGUUCCCAGGUCAAAAUCUGUAGUGCACGGUCUGUGGAAAGGGAGUUUGUCAGUGGGCAUGCUCAGUCCUCGCCUGCAGAGAGCUAUGAAAGACUACCUGAAUAAUAAUAAACACGGUGUGGCCUACAGGGGGCACCGGAAGACACAACAGAGUGGACAGCAGGUGUUGUGUGAGCUGAAGAAGGGGGAGAAUGUUCGAACUUUGGAUGGGGCCGAGAUGCCUUUCUCCAAUUUAGGCUGGCAGAAGAUUGUACCUGCCUUACCCUUAAGCCAGCUCUACGGGCCAGGCUUCCAGACCUGCGCUGUGGUCACCUCUGCCGGAGCCAUGCUUCACUCGGGACAUGGCAAGGAGAUUGAUUCCCAUGAUGCAGUGCUGCGUUUUAAUACAGCUCCUACCAAGGGUUAUGAAAGAGACGUUGGGAAUAAAACCACCAUACGCAUCAUCAACUCUCAGAUCCUGGCGAAUCCCAAGCACCAGUUCAACACAAGCUCGCUGUAUAAGAAUAUAACGCUAGUGGCGUGGGAUCCUGCUCCAUACACCCUCAACCUGCACAAAUGGUACUCAAAUCCAGACUACGACCUGUUUACUCCAUAUAUGGAGUACAGGAUGCACUUCCCUGCUCAGCCUUUCUACAUCCUGCACCCAAAAUACAUCUGGCAGUUAUGGGAUGUGAUUCAGGGUAACAAUCUGGAGAACAUCCAGCCCAAUCCGCCCUCCUCAGGGUUCAUAGGCAUCCUGCUGAUGAUGUCCUUGUGUGAAGAGGUUCACGUGUAUGAGUACAUUCCUUCACUGCGACAGACGGACCUGUGCCACUACCACGAGCGUUACUACGACGCCGCCUGCACUCUGGGUGCGUACCAUCCCCUGCUCUACGAGAAGAUGCUCAUCCAGCGCAUGAACGUCGGCUCAGAGGACGACCUCAAACGGAAAGGCAAGGUCACGCUCCCCGGAUUCAAGAACGUCCACUGUGAGCCCUGAACAGAAAGAUGCAAUAAUGGCCUUUGUAAAGCAGAAGAGAUCUGCAGACUGACGCAGGAGCGCACCGAGACGGUUCAGAACGGACCGUGUUGUAUAGACUAUAGAUGGUGUUCUGCGGGACAAAACCUUCUGCUGUAGUUCACUCAAAAAUGCAUUUCCUGAGCCUAAGCUUAAAUAAAGCUGGUCAGAACAGCAA